AUGAAGGUAGUGUUGAACAGAACAGUAAAAACCUCAAAAAAUCUCCAUAAACUCCAACUGGUCCAAAACACUGCUGCCCGUCUCAUCACACCCCCCCCCCCCCCCCCCCCCCCCCAUCAACCACAUCCCCCCUGUCCUCACCCCCCCCCAUCAACCACAUCCCCCCUGUCCUCACCCCCCCCCCCCCUCCAUCAACCACAUCCCCCCUGUCCUCACCCCUUCCAUCAACCACAUCCCCCCUGUCCUCACCCCCCCCCCAUCAACCACAUCCCCCCUGUCCUCACCCCCCCCCCAUCAACCACAUCCCCCCUGUCCUCACCCCCCCCCCCCCCCUCCAUCAACCACAUCCCCCCUGUCCUCACCCCUUCCAUCAACCACAUCCCCCCUGUCCUCACCCCCCCCCCAUCAACCACAUCCCCCCUGUCCUCACCCCCCCCCCCCCUCCAUCAACCACAUCCCCCCUGUCCUCACCCCUUCCAUCAACCACAUCCCCCCUGUCCUCACCCCCCCCCCAUCAACCACAUCCCCCCUGUCCUCACCCCCCUCCAUCGACCACAUCCCCCUGUCCUCACCCCCCUCCAUCGACCACAUCCCCCCUGUCCUCACCCCCCUCCAUCGACCACAUCCCCCCUGUCCUCACCCCCCUCCAUCGACCACAUCCCCCCUGUCCUCACCCCCCUCCAUCGACCACAUCCCCCCUGUCCUCACCCCCCUCCAUCGACCACAUCCCCCUGUCCUCACCCCCCUCCAUCAACCACAUCCCCCCUGUCCUCACCCCCCUCCAUCAACCACAUCCCCCCUGUCCUCACCCCCCUCCAUCGACCACAUCCCCCCUGUCCUCACCCCCCUCCAUCAACCACAUCCCCCCUGUCCUCACCCCCCUCCAUCGACCACAUCCCCCCUGUCCUCACCCCCCUCCAUCAACCACAUCCCCCCUGUCCUCACCCCCCUCCAUCGACCACAUCCCCCCUGUCCUCACCCCCCUCCAUCGACCACAUCCCCCCUGUCCUCACCCCCCUCCAUCGACCACAUCCCCCCUGUCCUCACCCCCCCCCAUCAACCACACCCCCCCUGUCCUCACCCCCCUCCAUCAACCACAUCCCCCCUGUCCUCACCCCCCCCCAUCGACCACAUCCCCCCUGUCCUCACCCCCCUCCAUCAACCACAUCCCCCCUGUCCUCACCCCCCCCCCCCAUCAACCACAUCCCCCCUGUCCUCACCCCCCUCCAUCGACCACAUCCCCCCUGUCCUCACCCCCCUCCAUCGACCACAUCCCCCCUGUCCUCACCCCCCUCCAUCGACCACAUCCCCCCUGUCCUCACCCCCCUCCAUCAACCACAUCCCCCCUGUCCUCACCCCCCCCCCAUCAACCACACCCCCCCUGUCCUCACCCCCCUCCAUCGACCACAUCCCCCCUGUCCUCACCCCCCUCCAUCGACCACAUCCCCCCUGUCCUCCUCCCCCCCUCCAUCGACCACAUCCCCCCUGUCCUCACCCCCCUCCCAUCGACCACAUCCCCCCUGUCCUCACCCCCCUCCAUCGACCACAUCCCCCUGUCCUCACCCCCCUCCAUCGACCACAUCCCCCCUGUCCUCACCCCCCUCCAUCGACCACAUCCCCCCUGUCCUCACCCCCCUCCAUCGACCACAUCCCCCCUGUCCUCACCCCCCUCCAUCGACCACAUCCCCCCUGUCCUCACCCCCCUCCAUCGACCACAUCCCCCCUGUCCUCACCCCCCUCCAUCGACCACAUCCCCCUGUCCUCACCCCCCUCCAUCGACCACAUCCCCCCUGUCCUCACCCCCCUCCAUCGACCACAUCCCCCCUGUCCUCACCCCCCUCCAUCGACCACAUCCCCCCUGUCCUCACCCCCCUCCAUCGACCACAUCACCCCUGUCCUCACCCCCCUCCAUCGACCACAUCCCCCCUGUCCUCACCCCCCUCCAUCGACCACAUCCCCCCUGUCCUCACCCCCCUCCAUCGACCACAUCCCCCCUGUCCUCACCCCCCUCCAUCGACCACAUCCCCCCUGUCCUCACCCCCCUCCAUCGACCACAUCCCCCCUGUCCUCACCCCCCUCCAUCGACCACAUCACCCCUGUCCUCACCCCCCUCCAUCGACCACAUCCCCCCUGUCCUCACCCCCCUCCAUCGACCACAUCCCCCCUGUCCUCACCCCCCUCCAUCGACCACAUCCCCCCUGUCCUCACCCCCCUCCAUCGACCACAUCCCCCCUGUCCUCACCCCCCUCCAUCGACCACAUCCCCCCUGUCCUCACCCCCCUCCAUCAACCACAUCCCCCUGUCCUCACCCCCCCCCAUCAACCACAUCCCCCCUGUCCUCACCCCCCUCCAUCAACCACAUCCCCCCUGUCCUCACCCCCCUCCAUCGACCACAUCCCCCCUGUCCUCACCCCCCUCCAUCGACCACAUCCCCCCUGUCCUCACCCCCUCCAUCGACCACAUCCCCCCUGUCCUCACCCCCCUCCAUCGACCACAUCCCCCCUGUCCUCCUCACCCCCCUCCAUCGACCACAUCCCCCCUGUCCUCACCCCCCUCCAUCGACCACAUCCCCCCUGUCCUCACCCCCCUCCAUCAACCACAUCCCCCCUGUCCUCACCCCCCUCCAUCAACCACAUCCCCCCUGUCCUCACCCCCCCCCAUCAACCACAUCCCCCUGUCCUCACCCCCCUCCAUCAACCACAUCCCCCCUGUCCUCACCCCCCCUCCAUCAACCACAUCCCCCCUGUCCUCACCCCCCCCCCCAUCAACCACAUCCCCCCUGUCCUCACCCCCCCCCAUCGACCACAUCACCCCUGUCCUCACCCCCCUCCAUCAACCACAUCCCCCCUGUCCUCACCCCCCUCCAUCGACCACAUCACCCCUGUCCUCACCCCCCUCCAUCAACCACAUCCCCCCUGUCCUCACCCCCCCCCCCAUCAACCACAUCCCCCCUGUCCUCACCCCCCUCCAUCAACCACAUCCCCCCUGUCCUCACCCCCCCCCAUCGACCACAUCACCCCUGUCCUCACCCCCCUCCAUCAACCACAUCCCCCCUGUCCUCACCCCCCCCCCCCAUCAACCACAUCCCCCCUGUCCUCACCCCCUCCAUCAACCACAUCCCCCCUGUCCUCACCCCCCUCCAUCAACCACAUCCCCCCUGUCCUCCCCCCCCCCCCAUCAACCACAUCCCCCCUGUCCUCACCCCCCCCCCCAUCAACCACAUCCCCCCUGUCCUCACCCCCCUCCAUCAACCACAUCCCCCCUGUCCUCACCCCCCCCCCAUCAACCACAUCCCCCCUGUCCUCACCCCCCUCCAUCAACCACAUCCCCCCUGUCCUCACCCCCCUCCAUCAACCACAUCCCCCCUGUCCUCACCCCCCUCCAUCAACCACAUCCCCCCUGUCCUCACCCCCCUCCAUCGACCACAUCACCCCUGUCCUCACCCCCUCCAUCAACCACAUCCCCCCUGUCCUCACCCCCCUCCAUCGACCACAUCACCCCUGUCCUCACCCCCCUCCAUCAACCACAUCCCCCCUGUCCUCACCCCCCUCCAUCAACCACAUCCCCCCUGUCCUCACCCCCCUCCCAUCAACCACAUCCCCCCUGUCCUCACCCCCCUCCAUCGACCACAUCACCCCUGUCCUCACCCCCUCCAUCAACCACAUCCCCCCUGUCCUCACCCCCCUCCAUCGACCACAUCCCCCCUGUCCUCACCCCCCUCCAUCGACCACAUCCCCCCUGUCCUCACCCCCCUCCCCCAUCAACCACAUCCCCCCUGUCCUCACCCCCCUCCAUCGACCACAUCACCCCUGUCCUCACCCCCCUCCAUCAACCACAUCCCCCCUCGCACCUCGGCGUCUGUGCUGGCUGGCUCCUGGCGGCUCCCCUGGGCUCGCCGUGCAGUUAGAGAGCAGAGGUUUAAACACCACUUCCUCUCCAGUUCACACGGAGCACAGAAGAGACAGACCGAGCGGCCUCCUCUGA